UCCCCAACAACUGACGGAGUUCGCGGCAUUUCAAUCAAUUUCUCAGUUUAAAUUUUGUCGCGAGGGUGAGUAACCAUUAAUACAAUUAUUGUCUGGAGGGCUCUACCCCAACAUCACAAGGCAAGGCAAUCUCUCUAUAGGAAUAGGAGUGUGUAAUCAGUUUGAAAAGAACUUUUAUCAAAAAAUAAAACAUGAGUACAUAUAACUUUUAAAGCUAUAUGCACAGUAGAUACGAUACAUAACUACUGUAGUAUUAAAUUCUCAAAAAAUAAAAAAGAAAACAAAAAACAAAACAAAAAUUGUGGAGAAAAAUUAUUUAAAAAAAAUAUGGAACCUACCCGAAGAAUCGAAAGCAAUUGGGGCUGGUUUAGGUUUACUGCUUUCAGUUUUCAGUCUUGUGGUUUUAUUAGAUCUGGCGAGUGCUUCUCUCUUAAGAUUAUCGCUAAGAUACUUUAAGUACGAAAAUAUAAUAUCAAGUAUCAAUCAAAAGAUACAAGCUGCUGAACGAACGCUUUGCGGUAGAAUUGAGUGCGUGCGAAAGUCGGAAGUUUAAAUUUAAAUAAACUUAAAUUCAGUGAACACGAAAGGAUACUUAAACUCAUAUCAAUUUAAAAUGAGUUUUUGUCCUUGGCGGUGCUGUGGUAAAACUUCAGUAUCAAUAUCUGAGCCUGAAGAUGAAAAUGGAACCACAACCAGAGUUGUUCGAAAAACUACUAGAAAUGGAGAAACAGUUAUUACAACAACAACAACAUAUACCAAUCAUCAUAUCACAUCAUCCGGUGGUGGUCAAAUCGAUAUGGAAUCUUCAAAGUUCUUACGAAAUGGUCCUGAACAACUUGAACAAUCACAGUUUAAUAGAAUAAUUAGAGAACCUAAGUCAAAUAGCAUAUCAACUCCUUCAACUGGCCAAAAAUUUGAGAUGGAAUGUUUAAAUGAACACAAUCGACUAAGGGCUCUUCACGGUUGUCCACCUUUGAAGUUAAGUCCAAAAUUGAGUGCCAUAGCGAAAAAAUGGGCAAUCAAUAUGGCUAACAGUAACAAUUUGAAACACAGUAAUUCCAAUUAUGGUGAAAAUCUUUACAUGUGUAGUGGAUAUUUUAUUGAUGGUUCGAAAGCAGUCGAAAGUUGGUAUAAUGAAAUCAAACAAUACAGUUUUCGGAAACCUGUUUUUAAUUCGAAAACAGGACAUUUCACACAAGUUAUUUGGAAAGAUUCUAAGGAACUUGGUGUUGGAGUAGAAAUAAGGGGAAAUAGCACAUGGGUUGUGGCAAAUUACGAUCCACCCGGAAAUGUUGUUGGUUAUUUCGAACAAAAUGUUCCUAAGCUUCUGAGACCCUUGUCCGAUGUUGAUGCGGAUAUGUUGAUCAACUUUUUUGAACAGCAACCAACAAUGUUUCGAGAAAUUUGUUGUGGUUGUGUUAUCGAUGGUAAGGGACGUAUUGGAUUAGUUCCAAAGCAAAAAGGAAUUGCCCUUGAACUUCAAACUAGACCUCCAUCAACGGAACAACCCAAACGAAUGGGAAUGGAUACGCGUGAAGUAGAAAAUUUAAAAACCAAUAAAAAAAUAAGUAUUUCAAUUCCACGAUUGAAAAAACCAGCAAAAGAACUACAAAAUAUAUCUUUCACCACGAAUCCUAGUGAUUUCACCACACCCUCAUUACAAAAUACUCACCUCCCCAAGACUGGACACAUAAACCCAGCGUUUAGUAUUUCAUCAGAAGCCAUCCAUAAUACGUCAAAUACCAGAUCGAAAAGUAUUGCCUGCCCAGAAGCAUCUACGGUUCGAGAUUCGUCAAAUCUGACAAACUCCAAAUUCCCCACAGUUGUUCCCGGUGACACAAAUCCAAUUGUCAAAUCAACAUCGAAUUUCACUUAUGUUUCAAAAAAAGGUGAACGACAUCAGAUGAGUUUCGAACAAAUUGCACCUGGACAUUUUCAUGGAGUGUUUAAGAAUCAUCAGUUUAUCAUUCUGAAAGGUGAACUUCUGUCAACAGAUGGCGCUUUUGAUGAGUCCGAUAAGGAUUUGAUAGUAAGAAAUUAUUUACAAGCUAUAUUAGCUAUGCAACAGGGUCUAUCAGGUUUGGAAGAGCGAAUACUGAAUUCACUAAAUCAGAAACUCCCCUCUAUCAAUCCUCGAAAACUCUCAGAACUCACCAUACCGAAUGAAUCUAAAAUUAAGGUUAACUACAGAGCGGAGAAUGGUGAAAAAUCUCACAUGACAUUUAGACAAAUAAAACCAGGACUCUUUCGGGGAACUUGCAAUAACAAGGCAUUUGCCAUAGCUAAUGGACAAGUGCUGCCUUUGAGACGAUCCGAUCGAUAUGGCCUAGAUAAGGAACUUAUUUUAAGUACUUUUCUAAGGGCAAUGAUGGGAAUGCAACAAACCGAGCUGGGAUUACAGCGAGGGGAAUGGGCAAUAGAAACUAAACUCUCAGGAAAUCAAUUAAAUCCUAUGGAAUUGUUAAAAGCUGCCUGUCCCGAUAGACGUUUAUUAUUUGAGACUGAAAGUCUAAGCAUUCACAAUGAAUACCGAAGAAUUCAUGGAGUUCCGCCAUUAGCUCACAGUGAAUUGCUUUGUCGAAUGGCUCGAGAAUGGGCAGAGCAUUUAGCACUCAAGGAUACAACCCGCAAACGACCUGACGAUGGUUAUGGUGAAAAUCUCUAUCAUUCCCAUCAUCAUGAUGAAGUGUCUUUGGAUGCCAGAAAAAUCAUAUCAACGUGGUAUAAUGAGAUUAAUUCAUACGACUUCAAGAAUCCCAGAUUUACUAAUGAGACAGAACAUUUUACACAGCUGGUGUGGAAGGAUACCAAGGAAAUGGGAACAGGAAUAGCACAACUGGGAGACAAGAUAUGGGUAUGCUGUUAUUAUCAUCCACCAGGAAAUGGUUUAUCGAAACCUUUUGAAGAGUUCGUUCUUAAGCCGGUUGAAGUUUCAAGAACUUAA